CAAUUAUGAGCACGGGGAUGUACCCGAAAACAGGCAUGGUUUAGAUUGUGGCCCCGUCAAAUCAAUCGGAAUUUGAAAUUUGAAUGCAAAUGGCAGCAGGUGCCAUUGAGCUCCAUUGCUCGGGGUCGGGAAUCCUAAUUUUUAACAAAAACAAACAAAAACCCAAUUAUGAACCUCAAGACUUUACCUACACCUGAGCUACCUUCGUUAUAUAAUAGAUAUAGUGGCAAGCAACAAAAGCGAUUUACAGAUUUAGAAAGAGAUUCAGCAAAAAGAUUUCAGAUUUCGCCACGCAAAAGUCCACAUACUUUCUGUGAUCAUUAUGUCUCUUCUCCACCCACGAUUUCAGGCACAAUGUGCAGCUGGUGCACAUUUGAAUCUUGACAUGUUUUAUUCUCUUUGUAACCACCCAAGCUCCCUAUAAAUUAAGCCCACACCACCAAGGGUGUCUCCUCAACACAUAACACCUUCUACUGCUUCUUGCAUUUCCUUUACAAAUGAGUUAUACAAAUGCUUCCAUUGGUUCCGGUAGUAGAACACCUAGGAGAACCGUUGAGUUUGGUAGGACUUAUGUGGUGAGGCCAAAAGGGAAGCACCAAGCAACGGUUGUUUGGUUGCAUGGUCUUGGUGAUAAUGGCUCAAGUUGGUCUCAACUCUUGGAUAACCUUCCUCUUCCAAACAUUAAGUGGAUAUGCCCAACUGCUCCUACUCGCCCUGUGACUGUUCUUGGUGGAUUUCCUUGCACUGCAUGGUUUGAUGAGGGAGAGCUCUCAGAAGAUGGCCCAAAUGAUGUUGAAGGUUUAGAUGCUUCAGUAUCACACAUAGCAAACUUGUUAUCAACGGAGCCCACUGAUGUUAAACUUGGUAUUGGGGGAUUUAGUAUGGGUGCUGCAUGUGCACUUUACUCUGCAACUUGUUUCGCCCAGGGUAAAUACGGAAAUGGCAGCCCUUAUCCAGUUAACUUAAAGGCUAUUGUAGGAUUGAGUGGCUGGCUUCCUGGUGGAAGGAGUUUGAGAAGCAUGAUAGAAGGAUCACAGGAUGGUGCUAGACGUGCUGCCUCAUUGCCCAUUUUGCUUUGUCAUGGACGUGGUGAUGAAGUUGUCCCAUACAAAUUCGGAGAGAGGUCUUCUCAGAUCUUGAGUUCAGCUGGAUUCAGAUAUGUUGCAUUCAAAACAUAUGAAGGGCUUGGACAUUACACUGUCCCUAAAGAAAUGGAAGAGGUGUGCCAAUGGCUAAAUGCAAGGCUUGUAGCUUAAGUGAAUGCCAUGGCAUUAGUAGUGUUUUCUUGCAGCUAGUUUGAUGAACAAUUGGUCAAUGGUAACCGAAGAAGAGAGGGGAAACAUACACAUUUUGAGAUGGGAUAAAAUUAUUAGGCUUUAAUGGAGAAUAUGUUGGUAUUGUAUUUGAGUUUCUUGGUGUAAAAUAAAGAUUUGGAAAGAGUUUGUUCUUGUGAUCUUUGUGUUAGGGGCUGUAGAUGGGAAUUUGUUGUGAAUCUUGAGUUUUGGAGGGGUUAUUGGUGUUGCAAUAAUUAUUUAAUUACUUGUA